UUUCUGAGAGCUUACACUUCCUGUGACGUCAGGACUCCGCCCUACUUUUUCCGCCGAGCGAGACCCCGAGAAGAAGAUGGAGGAGUACGCACGUGAACCAUGCCCCUGGAGGAUCGUGGAUGACUGUGGGGGUGCCUUCACCAUGGGAGCCAUUGGAGGAGGAAUAUUCCAGGCAGUCAAGGGCUUUAGAAAUUCACCUGCUGGAAUGAGUCACAGGUUGCGAGGCAGCGUGACGGCCAUCAAGACAAGAGCCCCCCAGCUGGGAGGGAGUUUCGCUGUGUGGGGGGGCCUGUUCUCCAUGAUUGACUGCAGCAUGGUGAAAAUGCGGGGCAAGGAGGACCCCUGGAACUCCAUCACCAGCGGGGCCAUGACGGGGGCCAUCCUGGCGGCGCGCAACGGCCCCGUGGCUAUGGUGGGCUCUGCGGCCAUGGGUGGCAUUCUGCUGGCGUUGAUCGAGGGCGCCGGGAUCCUCUUAACGAGGUUUGCUUCCUCGCAGUUCCCCACAGGUCCCCAGUUUCCUGAAGAGGGUUCCUCCAUGCCCUCGCCCUCCUUUGGAGACUAUCGGCAGUACCAGUAAGAACGCCUGGUGCCCUGGCCCUGCCAAGCCUUUUACUUUCCUCAUGAACUCUCAUUGGGAUGCUGGAGUACCUAUAGAGAAGAGCCCAGGAAACCAUGCACACACAGAUUUUUGAUAUUCGACACAUCAUUGUGGCCUGGGAGAGAGGAAAAUGUAUUCUUUAUUAGUUUUGUAUUUUUAUCUGAUUUUUUUUUUGUCUGAACCAUCAACAGCACCUGCCCUUCUCAGUACUGGUCUUGCACAUUUAGUCCAUCUCCAUCCUGAUUUCUAAGGCUGAUGGAAGUGAUUCUUCCCCUGCAGAAAAACCCUUCUGCUUCUCACUCAGCAGAACACAUUGACCACAACUAAGAGACUGCUGAUCUAAACCGUAACUGAUUAUUAUAUUGUUGUAUGUGUAUGUGUGAGACCCCAGUUGGGAUGCUUCUGAUCUCUCAGGCCUACUUGAUAACUGCUGCUCUGCAAAAGUAAAUAAUGAGAAAGAAGCUUCACAAGCCCCAGUGGCUCAUUUUCUAUGGUCUUCCCAGAAGCAGGAGAGCAGAGAGGUUCCUCUACUAGGUAAGGAUCAGUAGCUCAGAUGGAUAAGGAUUUGGCUUUUCAUUGCCUCCAAGAGCAGAUCGAAGGUGUGAGACCUGGUUUGCUUGCGAAUGAGGAUUAAGUGAAUGUUCUUGAAAACAUCUUAUAGAGUAAGUCUCAAGCUGGAAAGACCUGAGUGGGGCACUAAAGGCACAAGCCAGGAACAAGUAAGGUGUUGUGAUUCUUUCACAGCUUAUGCUGCGAUCCAGUUUGAAUCUGUAUUAUAACUGUAUAUAAAAGCUGCCCACAACUGCUUGGUGCAUGUUGCUUGCCUCAGUUAAAGCCUGUUGUUUCUUGUCCUGAUAGGAUCAAAACCUGUAUUGUGGAGAGGAGCUAGAGGUGAAUAAAGUUGCCUUUCUGAGCAGAUCACAAAGCCUUACCUGGAAUGUAAUGCUCAACCUUCAUCUCUGUUCUUAGUGCCAGAGCCCUUUUUGAGUGCCAGGUCACCAGGACCAGUAUAGGCGUGUUGAUCAUAAAGAAACCCCACUUCCUACUGGUCUUGAUUUUUAGGAGGGCAUUUGUUUUUUAAUUAAAACAAAAAAAACAGAUGUGAAUGAACUGUUGUGCUGUUUUAAAAUCCAGUCAAAAACAUUGCUAAAGGAAUGUCCUGUGGGUCAAUUGGAAAACUAUGGGAAUGAUUUAGGGAGAACAUUUUAUAUUUAUAUAAUCUAUAAAUAGUAUAUAUAUGUAAUGUACUCUAACUUAUGUCUCCUUGCCUUGAUUAAUAUGAGACAGAGUCCUGCCCUAUGGCAAGAGGUGCUCCUGUGUAUUUGGCAGCCUGAGUGUCUAUAGGACCUGAACCAUGACAGUACCAGGGCUGUAUGAUAGAUUUUGGCAUCCUCCAACCAUAGUUCUGCAACAUAGAAAUACUCAAUAGCUGCAUCUCUUCAAAAAACCUUCAAAAAACCUCUGGAGUUUGCCUUUUUCCUGAGCCUCAGUUACAUCCUGCAGAUUGCAAUAAGUUUUUCUGGAAGCAGCACUUUAGACUGGAAAAGAUUGUUUAAUUCAUGAUGCUGACUGGUGUUCUGUUUUAAGUAAUGGAGUUUUUUGUUUAGUUCAUUACUGUCAAACAAGAGACAGCAUUGAAGAUGUUUGAAAACACUUGGGGUUUUGAACACUGAGGCCCAGAAGUCAGUUGAUCUUAGUCUUCCUCUCUCAGGGCAGGCUGUCUAUAGGUAUCAAUGACAAAGGUUUGACAGCUCUCAUAGGUAUGCUGGCCAUUUUAGGAGAAGUGACCUAAGAAGUCACCCUACUUAAUUGUGGUGCUGGGGACAUAAGAUGGACAGGGGCCUGAAAACACCUGACUACUGUCAUAUUACAGUUUAUUUCCAUGCUAAUUCUUUUGUUUUACAACCCCUGUGCUUAGCUGGGGUAGUUUAUUUAAUACUGUUGAGCUUUAAAGUUGCAGACAUGGAUAUGCUCUAUUCCCACACCAUUAGUGAAACUGAAGCUGCUGCAGUAGAUCAGUUGGCAUGGGUUAUGGUUGUCCUUGCAAUCUGAUUUUAAAAUAAUUUAAAAUAAAAACUGAAACUUGUAGCACUUAACUUGACCAAAUAAGUGGUACAAAUAAUGUGACUAUUGCUACAGCUCCACUGGGCUUUAAUCAGUUUGUCUGUGUGUAUCUGUGUAGUGACUGUUCUGAGUUAUGUGCACACUUCACAUGCACAGUCAGUACUCUUCAGCCAUUCAGUUAUUCUCGAUUUGUACAAAGUAAGCACGUGCUAGAUACAACAUCGCUGCAGUCUUUAGUGUUCCUGGUACAGCAGACAGACGCUGCAAUGCUUGUCUACGGACCUGACUACAAUGUACAAAUGUUGUUUAUGAUGGGAAAUAAUAUUGUCAAUCUUUCGUGUAAAAACUUCUUAAAUAAAUGUUCCUUUCUGCUGUGGUA